AUUAACACCAUGGACGGAAACACAAAUCGCAGUUACAAUAAUUCUAUGACGUCAUAUUAAUAGCAGAUGUUAAAAUUUAUUGAGCCGUCUCUAAAUUCUUUUGGUUAUUAUGGUUUUGUUAUUUUAAGUUCAACUGGUUCAACCACCAAUUCAUUAUUACCUAUAAAAAUCGUUAGCGGCUACUCGUUUAUCUAUAGUCUACGUGUAUAAAACUAAUAAACUGUUAAUUGUGAGUUUAUCGUUUUAUUCUUGUUCGUUGCCCGUUGUUAAAAAUGUUGUUAUUGGAAUCGAUCCAGAAUCAAGAAAUAAGAAACAACUUUUUUUCAAUUUUGACAAUCAAUUAAUGAUACGUUGCAUUAUUAUAGAUUCAAACAAGGAUUUCACACAGUUCAUUAGCGUAAUUCUUUAGAUUACCUAUGUAAUCUUUCAAUUUUCAAAUGUUUUAAAAUAACUUAAAUAUGUAUACAAUGUCUGAAUUAUAACUAUAACCAUGACUAAAGACACGAGCAUGUCAGCAGAAGAGGAGGAAUCUAUGUUUUCAGAUGAAGAACUGUUUGACAAUGGUAAGAAAAAGUUAUUUUGUUUUACUUGGGGUGUGUACCCAUUAUUUAUAAAUAUUGUUUUCAUUGAAUUUCUAAUUUUAAAGUUCAAAAUAUCAUGCAAUUUUUUUAUUCAUUGGGUUUUAUUGCUGGGUUCUAAUGAGCCUAGAAUUUUAUAUCCCGUUGGUACUAGAUUAGGAAAAAGUUAUUAAGAAAUAACCCCAUUGUAAAUUAAUAUCUAAUUAAAAAUAAUAUUGAUUUUUUUAUCUUCAAUUCUAUCCUGUAUAAAUUAUAAUAAUAUGUUUAAUUUAUCUUUGUUUAGAUUCAAAGGAUUGCAUAGUAACAUUAACUAGUUCUGUUAGUUAUGAAGAUGAGUAUCAGUCGUUAUUAUUUCAAAAUAGGGAUCGUAUAAUAACAAAAUUAAAAAAUGAUUUAUCCAACUUUUUACCCCCUCCACCAACAGUAACUACUUGUCGACUGAGUUUGGAUAAUAUACUAGAUAGAUGGUAUCAAUAUCAAAAUUCAAACAGUCAAACUAACAAAUUUGAACCAAAGGAAUUAAAAAAUAUUGACCGAGCAAAAAAAUGGUCAUGGCCUGAAGUUGUUAAUGUUCAAUGUUUUGAUGUUUAGUAAGUAGAUAUUAGUAAAUAAUUGAAGAAAAGUAUGUUUUUAAAAUUUGUUUUAAAUUAUAGCUACAACAUUGAUAAUAAAUCUGUAGAAAUGGCUUUGCUGGAAAUGAAGUAUCAACAAAGGUAUGUUUCAAAUGAAACACAAUCUCUUAUGAACACGGGACACACACCACAGCCCAAAAAAGAACGAGGAUUGAUUACUCAAGUGAAACCUCUUGAACAAAAUAUACGAAUAAUGAGAAGAAAACCAGUUUCAAAACCUCAAAUACUAGCAGAAGCCAAAGCAAAAUUAGCUCUUGUUGAAAACAAACGUAGAAUAUUAGUGCCAGGGUAUGUAUAUAAUAAAUUAUAUGUUGGUAUUUAUUAAUGUAAUCAAUAUAAUCAUUUUUAUAGAAAAUUAAAGCGAGAAAAUAUCACAAAACCAUUAGAGAAAAGUUACCUUGAAAAUUCAAAUAGUAUAAGAUCAACUGCUCAUAAAAGAGCUUUAUUCCAAAGCCCUGAAAUUAAUCGUUCUAGAAAACGGUUUUGUUAUAACCAAAAUCCAGAUUCUGAUGAGUCAUCAGGUCCUCUCAGUGCUGUUUCAAUUUGUAGUGAUACAUCGAAUACUACACCAGUAAAACGGUAAUGCAAUUACUAUACAUUUUUGAAAAUCAUUUGUUAAAUAUUAUAUAGAUACCUAUAAAGUGAGCUGUCAUGGUAUUUGCCAAAUUUGAUUUUUUCUACUACCUAUUCUAUAUUUUUUCAGUGUAGAAAUAAUUUUAUCUCUUGAUUAUGCAUUUAAAGUAGAGGUCUCAAUGAGAUCAAAUGUUUUAUCGUACCAAUGUGUAUACAAUGUUACAAAUAUUUAUUUUGGAUAUUCAUGUAUUGUUACUUGAUACAUAAAUUCACAUUUUAAAUUCUUAGAAUUUAUGUGUAUUCAUAUUUUCAUGCAUGGGUAUUUUUGAAUUCUGAAUUACAGGUCGAGAACAUAUCAUUAUUAAUUUCACAUGGUGGAAACAUGUAUUCCUGUACAUGUGUAAUAAGCAGCAUCAAUUUAAACAAUAAUAGUAUCAAUGUUUAACAUGUAUAUUAUUAUUUAAUAAACAUUUUUAAUAUACAGUAUAAUUGAUAAUAUUAUGAUAUGCAUCAUGUUGAUACUUAUGCUUUGUAAGCAAUGCUUGUAGUGGGAGUAGGGAGUUAAACUAAUCAACUAGUAAUUAAUAAAACUAUUAUGAAACACUAAAGUGAAAAGUAACAGUAAAAUAAACAAUAACAAUGAUAGUUAAGCUAAUAAUAAUAAAAAUAAUACCAAUAAUAACACAUUCAUAAAUACAAUGAAAAUACACUAUUACUAAUAAUAAAUUGAUUAAUCUCUUUAUUGCAAUCCUAAAUUAUUAUUAAUAUGAUAUUACUUAGUGAUUUGUUCAAUACAUUUUAUUUUUCUAUAAACAUAAGACAGAAAUCAGGUAUUUAAAAAUUCUUCAAGAGGCACAAAAAACUAAAUAAUUAAAUUUCUAAUAGAGGUAUGAAAAUUAUAAAAUAAAUUUAAAUUCUCCAUAUGAAAAGCUGACUGUGCAUACAUAUAUAUAUUUUUAUAUAGGUUGUCCCACGAUGAUAUACCCCUUGAAUAUUUCCGGAGAUAAUAAACAUCUUUACCCUGUGACCAUUUACGCAUAGUAAAUUAAAAUGUUUUACCUAUCUCAAAUGAUUACAGGUUAAAUUCUUAUUAUUUAUGGUUAUUAUUCAAAUAUAUUCUUAUUUUAUUUAUUUUGAUUAUUUAUAGUUUAUCAUAUUGUAUGUAUAAUUUAUAAGAUCUUACUCUAUUUAUUUCUCUACACAUUUUCUGACAGUAAUCAAUUUUUUAUUUUUCUAGUAUAAAAUAUUUCAGUGUAAUUUUACUACUGAUUUACUAUAAUUUCAUGAUAAACUAUUUUUUCUUUUUAAUAGAUAUUAUUAAUUAAUACUGGGAAAUCUUAAAUUUGCAUUGGUCCCUAUUUCAUUCCAACUAUGGUCAUUGAAAAUAAAACUGUAUCAUUGGCAAAUGAUAGUAUGUUUCCAUCUAUGUUUAGGUCAAGUAAAUUGUUUAAAUAUAAAUUCAGAAUAGUGUGGGACCUAAAACAGUUCCUUAAGGAAUAUUAAAUUUCAUUAUAUUUUAUUCACUUAUUGAUUCAUUAGUUGGUACUAUUAUAAAGAUGUGGUUCAAUCAAUUCCAAAAAUAAUUUUUUUCUUACCAAUUUGUUAUGAUUUUUUAUUAGUAUAUAUAUUUGUAUUAUUAUGUUUAUUCAAACAAUAAACACAGUGUUUAAACUAUCUCUUUGUUUUGGAUUAAUAAUUUAUCAUAUCAGAUAUUAAUCAUCUCAUUGUAUUAUUACAAAUCAAAUAUUAAGUAAACUUUAGAAUUAGAACUUUGCUUGUAUUUAUUUAUUUUUUUGUUUUUAAAUUAUUCACUGUUUCUAGUAAAAAUAAUUAAAAUAAUAGAAAAAUUAUGAAACAAAUAAAUUUUGAAGUUUUACAUGUAAAAAUAAAAUUGUUAGAGAAAUAUGAUCGAUAAUUUUUACUGACUAAACAAUAAAUAAUUUUUAAGAAAACAGUACUAUAUCUUUCUUUCUGAGUCCAUUUACUGAAAUUCGAUUUUAAAAUAUAUAUGUAGAUGUAAUUAUUUUAGAAUGUUAUCUAUUUUCUAUAUAAAUAUAAAAUACUCCAUAUUCCACUAGUUAACUAAACUCAUCCUACCAUAUAAAUAGUAUUUAUAUUUUAUUUAAUAGAUGGAGUGCUGUAUCUAGGAGUACACAGUUAUUUAAAGAUGAACUACAAGAAGAGCGAAAAAACAAUAUUCCUAGAACAGAACCAAUUAAAAAAUGUCAAAGAGCACUGAAAUUUUUUAGUAAUUCAGAAAAAGCAACUCCAAAAAAUUUGUUUAAUACAACAAAAUCAAAUCCAAAAGAACUGAGUAAACUUCAUAAACAGGUAUGCAUGUUACAUAAUGUUACUAAUUUUGCUCACAAUUUGAUAAAUAACUUUAUAUUGUUCUAAGCAUAUACAUUUUUUCAGAAAUUAUUAUGGGCUGUUUCUGAAGUGUUAAAAACGUGUGGUAUUGAUAGUCAUCACAAGCAGUUUCGAUCUUUUCUUCAACAAUUAUUUAAAGUGUGUUCUAAACAAUGGUUACAGCAACCAAAUACUGAAGGAAAAACUAGUACUAGUGAAGCAAUGCGUACUAUGGCAAUGAAGCAUAAAAGUACUGUUUUAAAAUUGAAAUCGACUUCUCCGAAAAAUGAUAUAAAAAAUAAAGAUAAUGUUGUAACGAAAAAAAAAUCUGUAGCCGAUGUUAAAAAAGUAUUAUUUUCAGAUAAUACGCCAAAAUCUGAUUUUAAGUUUGAAAAAUUUGGUUUAAACUUAGAAAUGAAGUGUUCACCCAUUAAAACUAUAGUUCUUAGUAAACAAAUUGACGAUUUUGCAAUGUUUCUAGAUAUAAAUAAAUUGUCACCUAAUAUAAACACUGAAGACCAACCAAAUCGGUCAGUUUCUUCUACAUCAGACUAUUGUUCUAAGUUAGAUAUAGAUUCCAAUGAUUCAGAAGUUAUUAUUGCAGCUUAGUUAACUAUUCAUUUAAAUUGUAUGGUAUGCCAUUUGUUAAUAUUGUCUAUAUUUUUUUUACCAACAGUUAAAUUAUGUUCUAAACUCAAUGAAUAAGGUUAAUCAAUAGAUAGAUCAUUACAUUAGUUUAGUUAUUUAGUGUUUUAAAUUGUUGGUCUUAUAAUAUUCAUUUAGUUUUGAUUUUAGUCUUAAAAUAUCUAUGUUUAAAUUAAAUUGUUUUUUUUUUUUUUUUAGUAGUAGUAAGUUUAUAUAUUAUUUAAUGUUUGAAUGUUUACAAUUAUUGUUUGUACUGUUUAGAUAUAACAUUAAUAUUGCAUAUGAGAGCUCAUUUUUUAUAUAAAUGGCUGAAGUAAACUAUUGUACUAUGUAUUAAUUGGAUAGUAAUGUACUGUUUACACAGAUCUCUAAAUAGUAAAUUAUUGUAAAAAUUAUUAUAUAAUAAAUUAUUUUUAAAUCUCUAAAUUCGUUAUAUUUUCUAAAUACUAUAGAAUUAUUAUUAUUGUAUAUUUUUUAGCAAAUUAAAUUACCAUUUUCAAGUUUUGUUUUUGUGUAAAAAAAAAAAAACUUGAAACUGAUGAAAUGAUUAGUUUAAUAUUUGUAUUCAUUAGUGUGGUCUUUAUAAAUAUAUAUUUUUUUUAUUUAAUUGGACUACCACCUGAAUUUGUUCAAAACUAUAAAAAUAUAAUUUGUGAAUUAGUUAAGUUAGGUAAAUACAACCCAAAAUAAUUAUGAUGAAAAAAAAUACAUGGG